UGAGCCCCCAUGCGCCAAUACUGAAGGGCAGCUUGCGAGCUUCGUUUAGAAGUAAAGUUGGUUGGGGUCUUCAUACAAACAUUUAAAUCUGCAAAUUUAUUGACGGCGAAAGAUGGGAAUGGUGGUUGCUAUUACCGUCAUCGCCGGAUUAAUCUCCGUCAUCAGCGCUGUGGAAAAUCUGGAGCCCAUAUUACAACAAUGCUGUUCAUCGGGUGUGGAAUGGGCAAAUAAUCACACCACAUGUACAGGUCCUCCGCAGGCUACCAUUCAAGUACCUGACAGACUCGCUUGCCUCACAACACUCUACAUAUGUUGCGUAAGAGCUCAACGGAAACUCUCUUGUCGCAGAGGGAUGGACAUCGCCAGAGCAGGAGGCGAGUGUACUUUGUCCACUCUCCAAAGUGGAGAAACAUUUCAGGACUGUUGUUACAGUUGCAGUUUGGGUAUUUACGUCGGCUCUCGAAGAAUACCAUGUACUUUUCAAAACUUUCGUUUCGGGGCACCUUGGGACGAAGUAUUUUUAGAAUGCUGCGAAGGAGCAUCAUCUGUUCAAGGGAUCUCUGCUUUACCAUCUGGAAAAGGUCGUUGCGAUACGAAUAAUCCGUGCAGUCAACGAUGUGAAGAUAUAGGAGAUCAAGUGCUGUGUUCCUGCUACCCAGGCUACAGAUUGGGAGCAGAUCUUACGUCUUGUGAAGAUGUAAAUGAAUGUGCCUCACAAGAUGCAUGUGGGACACCAGGAGAUGAAUGUGUCAACACCCCAGGCUCUUACAUUUGCGUUCCCGGCAACCAGCCCUGUCGCCCAGGCUUAAGGUUACAACUUAAUACGGGAAGGUGCGUAGAUGUCGAUGAAUGUGCAGAAGGCAUCAAUGAAUGUAACGACGCUGUUGAAAUCUGUCAGAAUUUGUACGGUAGUUACCAGUGUGUGCCACGAUCGAACAAAAGGCAAGAUUGCCCAGCAGGAUUCAAAUGGAACAGGCAAGAGGAAAAAUGUGACGACGUAGAUGAAUGUCUGGAGAAACUAGAUGAUUGUACCAAGCCUGAUGAAGAGUGUAGGAACACCAUUGGUGGUUAUGAAUGCGAUUUUAGAUGCCCGCUCAUGAUGCGUUAUGAUCCGAACCAAAGGAAAUGCGUGGAUAUAGAUGAGUGCAAGGAGAUUCCUGAUGCGUGUGACUCUACAGAAAUUUGCAGAAAUAUUAUUGGUAGCUUUGAAUGUAUUCCUUCAUUAGAAAACUGCGAAAAGGGAUUCGUAUUCGAUUCUAGCCGUAAACGAUGCAUUGAUAUCGACGAAUGCUCAGCGGGAUUGCACAAUUGUAACCAUACAACGCAGGAAUGCAUCAAUCUUAAUGGAACCUUUGAAUGUAAGGAAAAGCAGUUAACUCAGCGGUGCCCGCCAGGUUAUAGGCUAAACCCAAGAACGUCAGCCUGCGAAG